AUGCCGCCAACCCAGCCAGAAAGUUCGAAGCGGCGAAAAGCUGUCUUCGAGGCCAAGGGGACGCAUUAUAAUGAGGGGAAUGAGAAGACCAUCGAUACACAAAGGGAAACUUGUAAGACCGGGAAAGUUUUCAAUCAAACGGGGUAUGAAUGUCAAUCUCCAUCUACCGACGUCUUCUCUUCAAGAUAUUUCCACGCCAGCAACGGCCUGAUAGAAGAUUGGAAAAACGAAGGCGAGGAGUGCCCGAGCUCUUUCGGCUCUUGUACAACGCAGUCAUACUUUGAUAUAGCACUUUCGGUUUCCUUGCCACCUCGGCUCCAACCCCAAAUUCCGGCAACUGGCACUCCUUCAGCCAAGAGCCGCCACACCUUUCAUCAGCUCUUACUGGUUCUAACCUACUUAUUCAUUACUGCAAUACUCCCUGGAAACGAAGGCUCCUUAUGGGCCAUAAUAUACCGGAGUGACUAUGACUGGGAGAAGAGUUUCGUCUUGCAGUACAGUCAGUUGCAGUCCUGGCUCACUGAUAUCCGCGACGCUUUAAGCGAAUUUCAGGGCUUACUUACUAUGUCCUACGAAGACAUGGAAAUACAGAUCCGGUAUAUUCUAUUCCUCCUCGGACAAUAUUCAUGGCAAGAGUCUAGCUUUGUUCAAACGUGCUUCGAACGACCCUGUUUUCCUUACAGACCAUUUGGUGUGGGAGCCAGUAUCGCUCUGAUAUGCUACGCUUUCAUGGGCAUUGAUGCUCUGCAUAUACGGGGCUACGAAUCAAAAGAGAUCUGGUUACUUGACGAGCUAUUCUGUUCUGCCAUGCUGGAGCAUCUAAGAAUUUCACCAAUAUUGCCCUCUGACCUCUCGAUGGGGCAGCUGCAGUCCAUCCUCACAAGCCUUCAAAUGGCGUUCCAGAACGAAGAAGUCAGGGUUGCAGCGGGGAUUAAGCCAUUUGCUAACUGCACCACUCGUGAUUUAGCCACCGCCUCUGCAAUUUUGUUCUACAGCAAAAGUCUGAUCCGAGAUCUAGAAAAAGAUAUCAAAAUGAUCCCUAAAGUUAUGCAAUCAAAGCCCGAUCGCAUCGUGGUCACGGAAAUGUUUCAUGUCAAAGCGUGGCAGGAAAUUCAUCGGGGUGGCGGCCGAGAAGAAUUGUAUAUUAAUGUCUUUUAUGUUUCUGUCGAACCUAUAGCACAGCGGAUGACCUAG